AUGAUCCCCGCCGGAGCGUUCUACCACCCGCAGGGGCAGCCGCCUUUCGCCAUCGCCAUGACUGCGCCGGCAGCUUCGUACUCCGCCGCCGUCCCUAUGCAGGCACUGCCGACAGCUUGGUACCACGCCACCGUCCCCAUCAUGCAGGGGCCGCCGCCGAUGCCGCGGCCGUUCGGCGUCACCGUCCGCUCGGUGUGGGCCGACAACCUCGGCGCCGUGCGGCUUGACAUGGGCUACUUCGCGGCGCACGCGCGCUGCGUCGCCGUGAAGGUCCACUACCCCGGCGUCGUCGUCCACGGCGCCGGCGGCCAGCAGGACCCCGGCGCGGAGAAGCGGUACGCCGUCGUGAAGGCGAACGUGGACGCGCUCAAGCCGCUCCAGGUCGGGCUCGCCGUCUGCACCGACGACGGGCGGGUCGCCGCCUGGGAGUUCAACCUGUCCGACUUCGACCCGGCCGCCGACCCCCACGCGGCCCAGUCCCUCCUGCACCUCCAGAGCCGCGGCCUCAACUGCCUCGAGCACCGCCUCCGUGGCAUCCCCAUGGAGGAGCUCGCCAUGCUGCUCCGCUUCAGCGGGUUGCUGGGCAACCGGCCGGGGGUGUCGUGGGUCACGCACACCGGAGCUUACCACCUCGCGUACCUGAUGAAGGUAAUCAAUGGUGGUAAACCACUUGCCGGCGACAUGGACGGGUUCCUGGGUUCGGUGCGGAGGUCUCUUGGCGAGGACGUCUACGAUGUGGCGACGAUGGCCGCUGACUGCCCAGACAUGCCGGUGGGGCUGGAACACAUCGCGGGCAAGCUCAGGUUGCCGCCGCCGCUGUCCACGAACCCGCUCGCGGGCGCCGGCAGCGUGCUCGCUCUAGAAGCGUUCUUGAAGCUCAAACCUCAGAGGUUCCGAGAUGACGUGACCAGAUACAGAGGCGUCCUGCAAGGACUGCACACUAUCUGA